UUGUUUGUGUGCGCGCGUGACGCGACCGUCGUUUGAAAUUGCAAUUCAUUCGCGAGAGACGAUCAGCCUGUGGUUCCCGAUGACGCUUUGUUUUCGGUGGGGGAACUGCGCGCUGUGUGUAUUUUUUUGUUAUCGUUGACGAUCGAGAGAGACGCUAUAUAGCUCAUUGUUAUGCAUACGAGGCUCUCGCUAUUCGGAGCUAUUUCGGAACGUCAUAUGUUUUAUUUAUGCUGUCGUGCCACUCUCAGCGUCAAAUAUUUUCGCUAUAUAGCAUUGAGAAUUGCUGUAUGCACCACUAGUUUUUUAUACACUUUCUACGUGCUGUGUAAUUUCACCUAUUUCUUGUCGAAACCAAUUGAAUACGACAGCAGUGUACUGCAACAAGAAGAGAGUCUAGUCCUCAAAACGUUAUGGAUAUUGCUAAUCAAUGCAAGUUUACUGAGUGCCUUUAUACUGCAACACUCUGUGAUGGCCAGUGAUUCUGUCAAAGACUUUUAUUAUAAAUUUAAUAUUGAAGACAUUGAGCGCAGUGUCUACAAUGCCAGUAGUGCAGCAGUUCUGCAUAUCUUAGUUUCUGAAUGGCAACCGCUACCAUGGGCAUCAAUUUGGAAUUUCAGCACAUCAGAAAACAGCAAACUCUGGUUUCUUAUAAGUGCCUUUCAUGUAAUUGGCUGGUGUAUAGUCUACAGUGGUUGCGUUAUGAUGGAUAUCUCAGAACUAGCAGGAAUAAAGCAAGUGUAUUACAAAAUGUCUGGUAGACCUCGCCCAAUGGCUGUCAAAUCUCGAGAACUGCAGAGAUAUUUCAUGCACAUGAGACAUCCAAGCUUUACAGGCUUCCUCCUGGUCUUAUGGAUUUAUCCAUUGAUGAGCCUUGAUCGAUUACUUCUUGCUUCCUUAUUAACAAUGUAUAUGAUCAUGAUGUGGACUAUAGAUCAGGAUGAUUACAAUUAUCAUUCGAUUGUCAUUGCAAGGAAACAGAGAGAACUGAGCAACAAAAUCUACUAAACUAGAAUAGAAGUCUUAAGGUGGAAUAGUAUUUUUUUGGUAUUGUUUGUUUGUUAUUAGUUGAGUUAAACUCAUGCAGAAUGCUUUUUUACUUACACCAUUGACACAUUAAUUUAUUGAGUGAUAUCAACAUUAAUAUUACAUACAUUAUUCCAUAUUCAGUGUGUUUGGCAUUAUCGAUUUUGUAUUUCUUGAAUGAAAGGUUUGUAACAAGUCUGUUUAAAUAUAAAUACUUUAUUAAUGUUUUGCAUAACUUUGCCAAGUUUUUUCAAUUAACAAAUAAAUCAUUUAAUUCCUAGUUUGUAACUUGAAUCAACAAGGCUGUGCCUUUGAGUAUCCAGUAGGAUUGUUUUCGAGCAGAAGGAAGAAGUACGGGCAUUACAAAGUUUGUACUGUGUCCAGUAGUUGACAAAACUCCAGCUCUUAUGCUUGUUUUGUACAGUGGACAAACAUAUCUGGGAUCAUUUUCUGGCAGAGUCAGUACUGGAAGAAUGUGUAUAACUGGUAAUGCAGGAUUCAUCUCUCCUCUACUUGCAUCGACUAGGAUUUUAAAUUUAGUAUCCCAUUUGCCAGCAUCUACAAAGAGCCCAUGAGCAAGUAUUCCAUCUUGCGGUACUUGUAAGUCUUUGUAAAUACUGGAAACCUAGAACGAAAUUAGUGAUUACUUGGCUAUAACUGAAAUCGAUUUCUCGUAUAAUCAGGAAUAAUUUUAUUCGGCAUACUUCUUUGCCUGCUUCUUUAUGAGCCGUUUCAAUAUCUUCUUGAUCAAGAACUACAUCUGUGACUUUGAAGUCUAAUUUUAGAUGAUCAAUUGGGAUAUUGUAUUUUCUAGCAUGUGUUUGCAACAUGCCAGUUAUGAAUCCUUGUGGAAAAGAUAGACCAGACAGCCAAAACGAAACAGGUUUCUUGUCUGUUAACCAAGUCUAAGACGAGCACAAAUAUUGGGUUAAAAAUAACAGCUUUCUAAAUAUUGCAUCGUAAUUUUGAAAAUUUUCCAGGAUCGUUUAAUCUUUACCUGUAUAAAAUCGAUUCUAAGCUCUAAAUCUCUUAUCCAACUUCCCAAAGUUUUCAAUGAUGGAUAAACAUUCAUGUUAUGCCAUAUUUGAGGCACCUGUUUGAAAUUCAAAUAUUUUUGUAAACACGCAUUUAAAAUGCAAUCGAUUACUCAACGUCCAUACGACUUUGUCAAACUUACUUGAUUAUUGACAAGAGACCUGAAAACGUUUUCGAGUUCCUCGGACAUGACAACAAAUCCCUUGAUCGCUCUUUGCAGAUUUUCCAUAGAUGAAUGAAUUCUCGUCAGUAAAAUAUUGUAUCUUUCAACUUCGUGCAGCAAAACAACUGUCAGCGACGGCAAACGUCCCGCGCUGUCUUUCUGUGAAAUAAUGUAGGAUAUUUUUGGCGAUAAGUUAUACCUACAUUAAAAUCAAACGGAAAAUAUUGUUAUUAUUUUUACGAAGCACGUACAUCUAGAUGUUUUGGAUUGCACAUGUCGAUAUCUAUUUUGAGAGCGAUUUUUUCCAUUAUCAUAUCUGCCAGCUCGUAAGCGAUCUCCGACUCGGAUUUUCCUUCUUUUCCGAUACCAACUUUCGGUUGAACGUCCAUUAUCGUUUCCACGAUCGUUUUAGAUUCCUUUAGCUGCGUUAAUAUGAUUUCAGUAAUUCUCGUUAUUGAUGUAAUUCACACGUAUACGAAAUUUUUGUAAAAUUGAAUGUUGAUUUAAUGUGAAAUGAAUUUCUAGAAUGUGUAUAAAAUUUUACUUGAAAAGCAA